AGGCGUGCGAAGAGCCAGCCGGCCAUGGCAGCGCUAGAGGCGGCGGCGGCGGCGGCUGCCGGCAGGAAGGGAGGCGAGCGCCGGGGGCGGCAGAAGCAGCAGCGGCGGCAACCGGCUCGGAGCAUCUGAUUGGAGCCGCCGCGUCCGGCCAGCUCGCGCGGGGAGGCGGCCAAAGGAGCCUCGGGGAGCCCGCCGCGCAGGAGGCAGCGGGAGGCGGAGGAUGCAGGCGAAGAAGUCCCGCGGCUCCUCGACGGGUAGCGGCGGCGGUGGAAGCGGCGGCGGAGGAGGCGGAGGAGGAGGAAGCGGCGAGCUGCAAGGGGACGAAGCGCAGCGCGCCAAGAAGCGGAAAAAGAAGGACUCGCGCUUCGCCAGCAUCCAGGUCUUCCUGGUGUCCGAGUGCGUCCUGAUGCUGGCCCAGGGCACCGUGGGCGCCUACCUGGUGAGUGUCUUGACCACCUUGGAACGGCGGUUCAACCUCCAGAGUGCUGACGUUGGGGUGAUCGCCAGUAGCUUUGAGAUCGGCAACUUGGUCCUCAUCCUUUUUGUGAGCUACUUUGGUGCCCGGGGACACCGGCCGCGUCUGAUAGGAUGCGGAGGGAUCAUUAUGGCUUUGGGAGCCCUUCUCUCAGCUCUGCCAGAAUUCCUCACCCAUCAGUAUGAGUACGAAUCCGGAGAAAUCCGAUGGCGGGCUGAAGGGAGGGAUGUCUGCAUAGUCAACGGAUCCACUAGCGACGAGGGACCAGAUCCUGAUCGUAUCUGCAGGAGCAGGACUGCUACGAACAUGAUGUAUUUGCUUCUCAUUGGAGCACAAGUCCUUCUGGGGAUCGGGGCAACUCCUGUGCAACCUUUGGGAGUCUCCUACAUUGAUGACCAUGUGAAGCGGAAGGAUUCUUCACUGUACAUAGGGAUCCUGUUUACAAUGCUGGUGUUUGGACCGGCCUGUGGAUUUAUCCUGGGAUCUUUCUGUACCAAAAUCUAUGUGGAUGCUGUCUUCAUUGACACAAGCAAGCUGGACAUCACCCCUGAUGACCCUCGGUGGAUCGGCGCAUGGUGGGCUGGCUUCUUGCUCUGUGGUGCCUUACUUUUCUUCUCGUCUCUUCCGAUGUUUGGAUUCCCACAGUCCCUGACCCGCCGGCCGGAGCACAUAGCCGAGGUAGAGGAAGCCAUGUUGCCAGAAGGGGACUAUGAAAGGCCAAAGCCAAGCAAUGGGAUUGUCCCACCGCACUCCAUGGAAGCCAGCGAUGAUCCAUCUUGCUUCCAGCAGCUGAGAGUGAUCCCAAAGGUAACUAAGCACCUGCUGUCCAAUCCGGUGUUCACCUGCAUUGUUCUUGCGGCUUGCAUGGAGAUCGCGGUGGUAGCAGGUUUCGCAGCCUUUCUUGGCAAGUACCUAGAACAGCAGUUCAAUCUCACAACGUCAUCAGCCAACCAGUUAUUAGGCAUGACAGCUAUUCCCUGUGCAUGUUUGGGCAUCUUCCUAGGAGGACUCUUAGUGAAGAAGCUGAGCCUUUCUGCCCUGGGUGCCAUUCAGAUGGCUAUGUUGGUCAGCUUGGUAUCCACAGCUUGCUACGUUUCUUUCCUUUUCCUGGGCUGCGAUACGGGACCUGUGGCUGGCAUUACUGUUCCCUAUGGAAACAAGUCAACCAUCUCCAGCUUGGCCCCCUAUUCUGCCUGCAAUAGCAACUGUAAAUGUCAAAUGGAUUCCUUCACUCCAGUUUGCGGGACCGAUGGGAUCACAUACUUAUCUGCCUGUUUUGCUGGUUGCACCAACAUGAAUCUCACCGGUUGCACCUGCCUCACCUUGGCCCCGGCCGGGGAUGCCACGGUUGUUCCUGGGAAGUGCCCCAGCCCUGGAUGCCAAGAAGCCUUCCUGACAUUCCUCUGUGUGAUGUGCGUCUGCAGCAUGAUUGGAGCCAUGGCCCAAACUCCUUCCGUCAUCAUCCUCAUCAGAACUGUGAGCCCGGAGCUCAAAUCAUACGCUUUAGGAGUUCUCUUCCUUCUCCUCCGAUUGUUAGGUUUUAUCCCACCUCCCCUGAUCUUUGGAGCAGGAAUUGAUUCCACCUGCCUUUUCUGGAGCACCUUCUGUGGUGAACAAGGAGCAUGCGCCCUAUAUGACAACGUUGUCUAUAGGUACCUGUAUGUGAGCAUCGCUAUUACCCUGAAGUCACUUGCGUUCCUCCUCUACACCACAACCUGGCAGUGCCUGAGGAAAAACUAUAAGAAAUACAUCAAGAACCAUGAAGGCGGGCUCAGCACGACUGAGUUCUUUGCCUCCACUUUGACCCUGGACAACCUAGGACGGGAUCCCCUUGGCCAGAAUCCCCCUCACAGGACAAAAUUUAUCUACAACCUUGAAGACCACGAGUGGUGUGAAAACAUGGAGUCUGUUUUAUAGUGAAUUAGAAAGGCGGAUCGCUAACCCAAAGGUCCUUUUGGAAGGAAGAUGUUUUACGAAACGUGUAAUAUAUCCAUGCAAAGAUGUCUCGGGAAGUCUAAGCAAAACCGAGUCCACAGCUCUUUCAAAUAUCUAUCAUUACGUUCCAGGAGCUUCUCCGGAGGAAGAGGACAGUUCGUCCUUUGCUCCAAAUGCAGAUGAACCAAGACAAGGGAAGAAAGUGUAAAGACCAAUCUGGAGUGAGAAACGGCGAUGCCAAGUGGACCAUAAGUGUAUCAAAUGCCUUGGCUGGAGACGUAACAGAUGGGCAAAGCUGCCGGUGUUUGGGGGACCUGGUCUUUCAUUGGAGAACAGAGCAGACGUCUGUCCUUGGAUGGAAAGGCAAAACCAUGAAAGACAAUUCCCAGCGAGGGGGGUGGGAAGAGCAGAAGCAAGCCACAGCUGUUUCCAAAAAUAAGUGCUAUGUGAAACUGAAGGAUCGUUGGAGUAACCUUUGCAAUACAAGCUUAACAGACAACCACAAGGGUGCUAUGCAGUCCUUUUCAUGCUCUCCGUCUCUUGCUCGCUCUCAUAUCACAGGAAGCCCUGCUAGAAUGGCUUCCCCUUUAUUGUCUCCAGCUGCGAGUCCGUAAGACCAACCUCAACAGUUGUCGAAAUGGGAAAACCCAAUAGACGUGUCCGGUACAAGCCACGAUGACGUCAAGUUGACAUCAUGUGCUGCAUAAGAGCUACAUCCUGACUUAGGAGUUAGAUGCCGAAAUUAAAGAGUUAGACAGGCUGCAUCCUUUGCGCGCACAUCGCUCUUCAGAUGCCAUUGUGACUUGUACCCAACACACGUGACGCAACCGCAACAUUACAGUUCUUAAGACACCAGCAUUGCUUUUAGUAAACUAUUUGGGAGGGGAGGGGGGAGGGUCUAGUUCCAUUUUGGUAUGGGAAUCGGGGCAUUGCGCGUGUGUUUGUGUGUAUGUGUGCAGUUGUGAGGAACGGAGGACGAGAUGACUCUUGCCAAAGAGUCUGUCUGUAACUUUUUCAACUUUUAGCAGGGUUGAAGUGGUGCGUAGGUUAUCAUGGCCAACGUUGCCAUUGAAAAUGGGCAGAGGAGGUCUGGUUGAGCCAUCACUGCCUUUUAAACAUCUGUACAUUUUUCUAGUUUUGUGUCGGCACUGGAAAAGGAAAGUUUUCAGUAUGGUUUCCCUUUGAAUCAGAAUAUUUGCGAGAAAGAGAAAUGAUCCACUUUAUUCCCUGAGCUGCUCAGCUACUCAACUACUCCCCUAGUUAAAAAACGGUUGCAAAAAACUUUAGACUCCCUCCAACGGAAGCUUCGGUGUGUUUUUGACCUUAGGGGAAAAAAAACAAAUAAGCUGAUAAAUAUAUGUGCCUUUUUUUUUUUUUUUUGAAAAAAAAAAUUUGCUUUACAAGAGUCAGGCAGAGAGAAAGUAGCCCCACCUUUAUCCCAGGAAAGAGAUGUAGGGUGUACUUGGUACCACUGGAGCAAAAUCUCAGCGAGAUCCCUUUCGUUAACAGAAUAACAGAGUUGGAAGGGACCUUGGAGGUCUUCUAGUCCAACCCUCUGCUCAGACAGGAGACCCUAUUUGUGAGUGGCAAAACAGACAACCUGGACAGUUUGGAAUGAAACCUUUGCUUUUCACAGGCCGCUCGCCAAAGUCCCUAAAUGCACUGAUGGUCUCUUAAAACUUUUUAUAUAGCAUGUUUCUUUGGCUAAAAUGAGAGAGAAUUUCCCGAGAUGGUUGACUGUCCCUUACUGUCAUCGUCACCCAGAAUGCCCUCUGGGCCUGGGGGAGAAGGGGGGGGGCUCCAAAACAGAGAAGGCAUUCUGGGAAAAAUAACAACAGCCAGUUGGCUCCAGCCAGAUGGGGCUGCUCUUCUUUCACGUUGUCACAAAGGCAGCAUGCUUUCCAACGAAGAAAAGGCAAACUUUUUAUACGUCCUAUUUUAUUGAGGCAUGCCUCCCAGAUGGGCUGCACUGCGCAUCUAAAAAAAAAUAAAAAAAAAAAUUAAAACAACCACAUUGCAUGCAAAGGAUCGGUGGCGUUUUCUACUUCUUCUUCGCCCACGUAUCUGUAUCUAGCCAUGAUCAUCAGUGGUAGAUCCCAAUCCUGGGCUAACCCUUUCCCUGCUGGGACCAGAAUUGUAAUGUAUCCCCUCGUUCCCUUCCCCAGUUUCUGAAUCUUCAAAGCAAAACAAGAAAGUUCAGUUGCCUCUUGAAAAAAAAACAAAACACCUUUGGGACCAGAUUCUGAAUAUUUUCUACUUCUUCCCACUUUGAUUGACACCUUCAACAUAGAAAGGAGGAUUCAGAGAUUGAUAGUAUAUUAAAUAGUAUAUUUAUAAUAUAUUCCCCUGGGAGAGGCAUAUAUCUCGAAGGACCCAAAUUAGCUUUGUGCCUUCCCCCCCCCCCCACACACACACACACUUUCCCUAUUGCUCUUGAUUUAAUCUUUUCUCUUCUUGGAUGUUGAAAUGAAUUUAUUUUGUUUAAAAGGGGGGGGUUGGGGCGCUGAAAAAGAAACACCACGAAGCGAGAGAAGGAUUUACAGAUGUUUGACCUUUUUAAAUUGAUUUUUUCGGAUGCUGAGUUGGGGGGGUUGUGAGACUUUGCUUGAACGGGAUGUGGCAGGAGCUUAAAUGUAUUUCGGUUUCAACCGUGAUCUUCGCAUUUUAAACAUCCACAGCGACUUUGUCCAGACAGUUCUUCAACCUUGCUCUGUCUUGGCUAAUGUUGACAGAUGACGAUGAAGAACUCUGCGGUUUGUUUACCAUUCUAGCCAAAUUAGAAUCCUUGGCUGGUUUCUCUUGCGACAAGCCAGUCCCAGCUUAGGGGGGGGGG